ACCAAUUGACCAUUUUACAAUUUAAAGAGUUCAUUGAUUAGACUCCAAUAACACGUGUCAAAUGAACAGUUGUUAAAAAACUUUCCAUUUUCUGCAACAAAACACACACCUCCCGCUCAAAAACAGACUGUUCCGUUUCCACUUCUGAUCACACUACACACCCCGCCUCGUCACCUUGCUCACACACUCUGUACUAUAUUCCUCCAUUUUCUCUCUCCUCUCUCUACAAAAUACACUACUCAUUUUUCUUCUCUAUUCAUACAAAAAAUCUGGGUUAUUUUGAUACCAAGUUCAUAACUUUAUCAACCUCCAUUAAAAUCACUAAAAACCUUUCUUCAAAAGUUUAUUAGGGUUUUCUCCGCUCUCCAUUUAUCCUAAAAUCACAUUGUUUUCUGGUUUGAAGGCCGAAGCUCCGCCGCCGGAACCGUUGCAACUCCCCAGAAGCCGUCCAAAGCAGUGCAACCACAGUCAAAAGAGUUCAAGCAUUUGCUGCGGAUAGAACAUCAUUUGAAUGCGAAAAUGUCACGAAAGAUGAAGCACUCAAAUUCUGAUAUAAGUGAAUCAGAACUGGAUGAUUAUAUAGAUGAUGUCUAUUAUCGAUUGAAGAAAGAUAGAUACAAAGUUAAGUUAUCAAAGGAUACAUUCAGGUGUCCAUUUUGUGAUGAAAAGGAGAAAAAGGACUACUAUUUUUAUGAUCUUUUGGAUCAUGCUAGAGCUUUAGGAAAAGGCCCUACUAGGGAUGGUGUUAAGCUUAAGGGGAAGCAUAAAGCCCUUGGUUACUACCUGGAUAAGUAUCAUCGUCCUAGAGUAUCAUCUUCUGGUAAAGGCAUUUCACAGGUGAAGCAUGAUGACAAGGACAGUCCAAGAGUAUCAUCAAUGUCUUCUGGAAAAGGCACUUCACUGGUGAAGAAUGAUGACAAGUACAGUCCAAGAGUAUCAUCAAUGUCUUCUGGAAAAGGCACUGCACUGGUGAAGCAUGAUGACAAGUACAGUCCUAGAGUAUCAUCAAGACCCUCUGAAAGAAGCAUUUCACAGCUCAAUGAACGUGAUGACACUGAAAAUGCCAUAUUUUUUGACAAGGACUUUGAGGUAAAUCACCAAGGCAGGCGAGAAUGGUAUUCAAGAAGGGAAGAUGCUCGUGGGAAUAAACUUUAUGGAUGGAUAGCAAAGGAGAAAGACUAUCUCUUGAAUGAUCUGGUUGGGAAGCAUCUGCGUGACAAUGGAGAUGUCAAAACUUUGGCUGACCUUAUCGCCGAAGAAAAAAGGAAGGGAAACUGCCUAGUUUCAAACCUCAGUCAGACCAAGGAAGUGAAGGAUAAGCAGGAAAAAGAAAUAAAGAAAAAGCUCAAUGAGACGUGUGCUGCUUUAGAGAAGGUAAUUGAGGAAACAGAUAAAAUGACCCACGCUUACAAUGAAGAGAUGGAGAGGAUGAGAAACCGGACAGUUAAGGAUAAGGAGAAGAUACUGCAUGACCAUGAGAACUUUAAGCACAACCUAAAAUUUCAGAAGGAUAAGCUGGAGAAACAUGAAAUAUUGUUGGAGAAACGUGAAGCUGAUUAUGACAACAAGAUAAUCAAGCUUCGACGCCAGAGGAAAAUGAAUGAUUUAGCAACACAGGAACAACAUCGGUCAGAACAGAAAGUACUAAAGCUUGUUGAGGAGCAUGAGAGGGAAAAGGAGGCGCUCCACAAGAAAAUCAUUGAUCUGGAAAAACAGACUGAUCAGAGGCAAGCAUUAGAGUUGGAGAUAGAACAAUUGAAAGGAGCUGCUCAAGUUAUGGAACAUAUGGGAAGGGAUUCUGAAACCAAGAAAAAAAUGGAAGAAAUCAAUGAAGACCUGAAAGACAAGGAAGAAGAACUGGAGUGUUUAGACGCUCUAUAUCAGACCCUGAUAGUCAAGGAGAGGAACUGCAAUGAUGAGUUGCAGGAUGCACGCAAGGAAUUGAUAACUGGGUUGAAGGAGAGGAAAGCUGUCCGUGCUAACAUUGGUGUGAAAGCAAUGGGUUGUCUUGAUAAAAAAGUUUUCGAAAGUGUGGCCAAAGAGAAGUACUCCGAAGAAGAAGCACCAGCCAAAGCCAACGAACUUUAUGAUUUGUGCCUAGAGUAUAUUGGAGAUCAUGACUGGAAGCCUUUCAAAUCUAUUACUGAGUGUGGACAACCCAAGGAGGUUAUAAAUGAAGAAGAUGAGAGAUUAAUUAUGCUGAGGAAUGAACACGGAAAGAAGGUUUGUCAGGCUGUUGCCACUGCAAUGAGCGAGCUUAAUGAAUACAAUGCUAGUGGUCGAUAUCAAGUACCUGAACUUUGGAACAUGAAGGAUAACAGAAAGGCAACUUUGGGAGAAGCUACAGAGUACGUGGUUAACCUUUGGAGAUCACACAAGAAGAAAAAAUAGCUGAAUCUUCUGUAUGUCAACUUGUCAAGGAUAACUUUUUUUGCGCUAACUUAACCACAUUACCAAAGCUGUGCAUAAACUAAAACACAUGAAACUCUUAUCUAAGGUGGUAGUAUCUGUUUAAUAACAUACAUUUACUCUGAAAAUCUGAAGUUGAUAUUAUUGUGAAAAGGCGUUAUGCUUAUGUAAUUAAGCCUUUACUCCUCUG